UUUAAGCACUGUAUUUUUUUUUCCGUCCCCCAAAUCUCCCGCAUUUUCUCUGUUAUGGAAAAGGGCACUGCCUCCGCCAGAAAACCGCCACUCCCUCCCCGUCGUCAAAGAAUUGAUGAGAAGCCCUCCCCCGCCGCCGCCGGAAAACCUUCCCUCCCUCCCCGUCGUCAAAGAAUCGAUGAGAAGGCCUCCGCCGCCGCCAGAAACCCGCCCCUCCCGCUCCGUCGUAAAAGAGUGGAUGACGAGUCCAGCAAAUCGCCGCUUCCUCCCCGUCAAAGAAAAUCGAGUGAAACAUCAAAUCGAGCUUGGAUUGCCGAUCAGCUGCGCUCUGACGGUAGAUUUGUGAAAAUCUCAUCUAAGAUAUGUGUAUCAAUGGUGAGGGAUUUGUACAAUGUGCGAGCAGACUGGCCUGAUGAGUUUAAUGUUGAUUUGGCUCUAUACUUGAUAGCCAAGGUUGUAAUACAAGUUGAUCUUUGAGCCUUGGCUGGUGGUUAUACAAGGUAUCGUAACGUCUGAUGAAAAUUUAUCGGGAUUAACAUGUAUCAUCGUUCUUGCAUCUUGGCGGCUUCCCCUUCCUAUUUAUUGCAUGUCACUGCUAAGUUAUUCGCACGAGCCAUUAAUUAAGUAUGCCUGGAGAAUCAAUUAUGCUAUUAUUUUACCCAUCAUCUCGUUCGAUUAGUAAAAAUAAGCUUCGGAAGACAAGUCAAGAGAUCGCCAUCUGUUUUUGUUGAUCAUGGCCCGAAGCCACUUGAUGUUGAUGCUGUAUCGUUCAAGAAACCAAAGAUCAGUUAAUGUUGAGGAAUUUUAUCUUAGCAAGCCACAAUCUGCAUUGUAUAUUUGUUGCAACUAUCUUUAUAUCCAAUUCACCAUCUGUUUUUGCCCUUUAAAUAAAUUACUAUCAGCUGUGGGUAUGUGUUUUGGUUUGAAGACCAUGAUUGUGAAUGUAAGUGGGUGUUUCUUAUAUUUAGGAGCUAUGGUUUGUAUGUUGGUUGUAGGAUGAUGGUUGAUGUUUUGUUUUUCACAUAAUCGCAAGUCUAUUUAUGGUGUAUUGAAUCUCUCCAUCAUCCUCAGUUGGACUAGCAACCGUAAGGGGUAGUGGAGAGCUGUGUUUGUUUCUGUACCCCCAAAUCUGUGUCGCUAAUGGAAAAGGGCUCCGCCUCCGGCAGAAAACCGCCGCUCCCUCCCCGGCGUCAAAGAAUUGAUGCGAAGCCCUCCGCCGCCGCCGGAAAACCGCCCCUUCCUCCCCGUCGUAAAAGGCCACAGAGCAUCUCUGUCAGCAAAUCGGGUGAAACAUCAAAUCGUGCUUGGAUUGCCGAUCAGCUGCGUUCUGAGGAUAGUUAUAUCAAACUCACAGUUGAUACGUGUAUGUCAAUGGUGAAGGUUGCGUACAAUGUGCGAGGAGAGUGGGCCGAUGAUUGGAAUGUUGAUUUAGCUCAAUUCGUGAUAGCCAAGGUUCAAUCUGUUGAGCAUCGUGAUCACGAUCAGUCUGCCUUAUCCUUUCCAGAGGAGGGUCAUCAUUUACAUCUAUUGUAUCUCUUUGUUCGAUACUUCGCACUAUUGCUCCUCUCUCUGUGCAAGGUUGAUCAAAAUUUGUGGUCUGAUCAUUUGGCUCAUCAUUUCAUUCAAUUUAUUUUAAUGAAGCUUCACUCAUCCACCCACCCACUUCAAUCACUUGAUGCUCAUGCUAGUCCCUCCAAGAAACUCAAGGGAUCAUAGACUUUUAUCAAUCAAUCUAUAUUUUUUCUAGUGACUAUUAUCUUCAAAAUGUUAGUGAUGUGGAAUUCAUAUUGUUCACCUUCUGCAUAUUGGUGCAUUUUCA